AUGUUUCACACGCAUGUGCGAAUCCCUUUUUCCCAGGCCGCAGAUUUGCAGGCGAUUUCUUGCGCCGUGCACUUCUGCACUUCUGCACUCUGCACUCUGCACUGCACCGCUCUCCCAAAGCCGGAAGGCUCGGCCUACUGCAACACACAACCGCCCGCACCGAGCCACUGCGUGCACGACCGUCGUCGUCAGUCACAUGAGGCUGGCUCUGAGAGGAGAGGCCUCGCACCACCACCACCACCACGGGCCACGGCUCCGUCACUUCUCCCCGACCUCCUCUCUUCGUGCUCUCUUGUCAGCCUCCACACACACACGCAUACACACCAGCCCCCCGUCUCUCCUGUCCCCUCGCCGAGGCGCCAUUGCCUUCUCCAGGUCGCCUUUGAGCAGUUCCCCGGCCGGCCUCUUACAAAGCCAGCCAGACAAUGCCGUGCCAUUAUGCAUGCACGACACAGCACUAGCUGCCUAGGCCCUCCACUCAGGCAGGCUUCUUGCUUCACUCACUCACUCACUCGUCACUCAUUCACCCACUUCCAGUGAGCCUCCCGCUGCGUUCGUUCUCCAUGGGAAGCGGCAUAAAGCAGCUGGUGGCGAGCCUGCUGGGAGCGGUGGGUGGAGGCCAGAGGGGCACCAAGAAGGAGGGCACGCGGCCGCAGACAGUGGAGCUCAGGGUCCGGAUGGACUGCGAGCGCCAGGUCAAGAAGGCACUCGCCGGCAUGCGAGGUGUGGAACGCGUAGAGGUGAACAGGAAGCAGCAGAGGGUGACUGUCACUGGCACCGUGGACCCCCAGGCCCGUUACAGGUGGGCCCCGUCACCUGUAAGCUCACUCGGUUCGCUCUUGCCAAUUUACCUUGCCAAGCCUCACAAAACUUGCCGUUUUCGGCAGCUCCCGGGCCUGCCAAACGUUGUUGGCGUGCCAAAAUUUUUGGCUACCAACCAACGAAGCAUGGCCUUGGUAAGAAAGAUCUCCGGUUGGUCUCGUGUCAUGUCGUCACUGCAUCUCUUGCUAGAUUUUGUAUGCUGCUUUGCUGGUUUGCUUUAUAAUGCGCGACACGAGUUCCGUGCACGUAGGAAUUCCAACCAGAGGCAGCCAGGAUCUAGACCACCAUCAAAUAUCAGUCACCUGUGGCGCUAGAUACUUGGACGACGGACGGAGACUUCGACGUAGGCAAGAUGCCAGGCGCCAUAGUUUAUGCUAUCUGGCUCACUGUCUGUCUCUGUGCACUCCUCGCCGUUCUUUUAGUUUUACGUCGCGACGCGGUAAUGGAGCAUGAGCUAGCUAGCGAUUAGCAAACUUGCCGCCCACGCCCAGACCCCAGAGGUCAACAUACGUCCCCCCGGAACCCACUCCCCUGCCUCUUUUCCGUUUAAAACGAGCUCUGGGUGGUAAAGCAGGCGAGGGAGCAAUGGAGGUCGGGUCAGUGCGCGGUGACAACAUCCGUCAGGUCCUUCCUUGGAGGAACAGUAUCGGUGCAGAUGCUGCGGUGCAGCGAACGAAGGCACCCCUCGCUUUUCUGCCGGUGCAAUGCAAGGCGUCCUUUUGAGCUCGAAUGCUCGAUCGUUUCCGGGCUUCUAGACUGUUGUGGUCGCUGGGUGCGUGCAUGUAUGGCUCUGUGCUGUGCUGCUGGGUGGGUGCGUGCGUGGGUUGACGACGGGUUGGCUGAUUAACAACGACGGUGUGCUGCGUGCAGUGGCGUCAAUGGCGUCCUCAUUGCGCACGCGGCCACUAAUAUCCAGCUUUUCUGUAUCAUAUGGACUGAUUAGCUUAGUUUAGUCGACCAGUGAGGCAGCCCGGCGUCACUUUUCCCGGGCAAGAGAUCUAUGAGAGAGGUUCUUUUUUUAACUUGAUGAUCUAUCAGAGGGUUGGGUUGUCGUGGGCCGGAAAUUCUUCUCGGAUUUUUUAUCUUUUUGGCCUGAGGACUCCUCUCAGUGCGGCGUCCCUUUUGGUUUCGACACGGAGCGUAGCACCACAGUGAUACUGUUGGGGCCUCAAAUCGGACCGUCCACUCGUGGCAGUACGAUGAAAGUUGGCCGGGGCGCGCGGUGUCGCCGUGUGUGCAGUGCCGGCUACACGGACAGCACAGUCCCUGGCAAGUCGCUGGAGCUACUCGUAGCCCGGGUCUCUUGUCCCGGAGCGCGGGUGACAGGGACGGAGCGCGACGGCGACCGAGCCACCCCUUUCCGGGUCCGUGAUCGUGGCGGGAGACCUUUUUCUAGCUGCAGCCACGUACGAAACGACCGGAGAGCGACGGCUCUCAUCUGCUUUUGCCCGCCCGCCACCUUGAUCGGCCGACCCCGACACCGGAGCCGAGCUGCGCGGUUGCGGUUGCGUUCGCGCUCGGCACGUAAGCUAGGCGGGUCGUCGUUGAUCGUGCCAGUGCAGCUGUGCUCGUGUCGUGACAUGAGGUCGUCGGUUGUCCCCAGGCAAUUCGGUUAUUGGUGGCGUGUAACGGAGCCAUCUGUCGUUGGUAGAUGGUAGGUCUGGUCAGGCAUGAGUGACCAGCCAUACACCACGGGCAUAUCAGUGGCGAGCCCAUUUUGACGACCAUCACUAGUAACUUUUCGGAGCCGUGCGCCCAACGUGCAGACGCAUCCUUUGACCCCAUCCUGUCCGCCAUGGUCAAAAUGCCCAUAUAUUCAUAUUUCAAUGUUCCAAACUAGUUUGCACGUCCAAAUAUUAUUUGUCUCAAAUAAAAAUAGUUUUACAACCCAGUUGAAAUCGUCUUUAAUAAAAUAGUUUUACAAUCAAAUCGAAAUUAUCUUGAAUGAACAUAAUGAACCAAUACAUCUAUUGGUUGCCAAUAUGAUUCCACAUGUGCUCAACCAAGUCAUUUUAAAGAUUCAAAUGAGUGUGAAUCACACAUUUCACGAUGAAAUUGAGCAAACUGUUCAAACGUGGCCGGUUCUUGGUGCAGGGGCUCAACAUUUUCAUCUUGAAAAUCAAACCCUUGGUCGAAGAUGUUGUUAUCACGCUCGUCCUCGACGAUCAUGUUGUGCAUGAUCACACAAGCAGUCCUCACCUCCCAAAGCUUUGCUUCAUCACAUGUUAGUGCAGGGUUUUGAACGGUAUCCCAUCGGAUUUGAAGCACACCUCAAGCACGUUCCACAUCCUUUCUAGCACUCUCUUGCAUUUGGGCAAAUCUCUGUCUCUUGUAAUCUUGAGGGUUCGAGAUUGUCUUCACAAAAGUUGACCACUGAGGAUAAAUACCAUCAGCUAGGUAGUAUCCCUUGUUGUACUUGUGGCUAUUGAUCUCAAAGUUAACAGGUGGGGAGUGGCCUUCUGCAAGCCUUGCGAAGACUGGAGAACACUGCAGCACGUUGAUAUCAUUGUGAGAACCUGCCAUGCCG